AUGGAAGGGUUUCCGCGUCUAAGUCGGACCAUCUCGGCAGGCCCAGGGCCACCUAAAUCUCCUGCGCCGCAUCCACCUCGACGGGUCCACAGCGUCACCGCCGGAAGAAUGACGCGGUACAGGAGCCUACGGGAGCAUAAAAGUGUUCUUGACUUUGGGCGCGACUGGCGGGACUGGGAAGUGGACAUUUUCCAGGAUGACGAGACGGUGUCGAAUGCCACGACGGAAACGGGAACGGCGACAAGCAUUGGCGCCUGCAUCGGCAUUGCCGUCGACGAAGAGGCGAUAUUUGAUGAGGUGCAACCUACGCAACGGCAGCAAACACCGGCUUCGUUGAGGAGACGACGCACUGCGCCGUUGCUGGCAUCAUCUGCAUCGACACCGCAAACAUCAUCGGGGGCACCGCAAUUGACGCUGCAAUGGCAAUGGCACGACCUGCUGGAUGAGAAUAACGACAACAGGGACAACAGCAGCAGCAAUAAGAAGAAUAACAAGUUCGCUGUCGACCAAGGAUCCCCCAUCAGCCGCGCCAGUACUGGCUACGGUCUUGCUAGUGUAGCUGGACGAGGAGGAAGAAGAAGAAGAGGAGGUGUCCCGACGCCGCCCCCCCAAUCCCCUGUACGGUUCAGCUACCCCAACCGACGACGGCCAAAGACGGCCCCCAACGCAGCCGACGGCCCCUUGCAUGGAGGGUCUUCACCCCCUUAUUAUUUUUCUUCUUCGCCUUCCUCCUCCGCAUCUCCGUCCCGGGCCAGUGCCAAUGCAAACACUGCAAAUGCAGACACAGCAGCAGCAGCAGCAGGCGGUGGUGGUCACGGCCCCAGACCCCCCAGCGAACCAGGUUCCCUUUUCUCCUUAGCGCGCUCCUCUUCCGGGUCCAGGUUCCCAGCCCCAGGGGUUUCCUCCACUCAGACCCCUUUGUACGCUCUUGGCCCCGGUCCGUCUGUUCCAUCUGCAGGAUCAGCGUUAUUACAACACGCCGCUGAAGCGUCAGCUGCUGAUGCGGCGCCGAGAGCGAAACUGCGUGCACCCGAUGCACUCGCGCCGGCUCGGGGAACCGCACCAACACCAACACCACCACCACCACCACUCGAACCACCACCGCCGCCACCGAUACCACCACUCCCUCUUGGGUUACCACCGCCUGUACCGACCCAAGCACGCGACCGACUCCUCUUCCCGCUCCCCAGCCCUCAUCUGCGGCCUCGCUCCCACAACCCGGCCCUGCUCUCUUCCCACUCGUCAUGCGCCGACCUUGAGCUCUCUGCCAGAGCCGACCACACUCGUUCCCAAAUCAUCACCAAGCUUGCCCUCCAGCCUGUCCUCGACAAGGACCUCAUCCGCACCGCUCAGUGGGAACAUCACAUCGCCCGGAAGGAGGAACAGCACCAGCACCAACAGGCCGAGGAAGAGGAAGAGUACCGCCGUCGCAGGGGGCAGGAACAGGAACACACCGCCCGCUGGGCCGAAGAGGUUUCCCGUCUUGAAGCAGAGACCGAUCGCAUCUUAGCCGAGCAAAAAGCAAAAGAUCUCGCUCGACUCCAGGCUCAAUUGGAUGCCAUCCCCGACGCCCCGCCCCGAGUUCGAAGUCCUAUAGUCGACAAGUUCGCCUUCUUUCUCAGAAAAGGUCGCAGGUCCGACCCUGCCACUCUCACCAAGGCCCCUUCUGCAUACUUUCGGCCCCUCACCCUCGACUGUAGGCCCGUGAGCGAGAUGGACCCCUCGCGCUUCAUCCAAGCCGGCGGCGGCGGCAUAGUUCCCCGGACCGACGCCCCGGCCUCGGCCAGCAAUGCUGGUGAACGCCGAGUGACGAUUCGCUGCCUGCAGUCGUCCAUCAGUUUGCCUGUGACGCCCGAUACGACCCCCAGUGAGAUACUGUACUCGGCCGCCAACCUCAUGACCCACAACAUCAACCCGCAAACCAGCGUAGUGCACGAGUGCUACUUCGCCUUCGGUCUGGACCGCCGGUUGAGACGCUACGAGCGCGUGAGGGACGUCUUGAAUUCCUGGGACCGCGACACCCAGCAUUGCCUACUUAUCAUCCCAGGUGACUCUGUAGACACGAACCCCGACCUGAACCUCGAAGGUGUGCCUCGCACCAUUGAUCCGCCCCCAGGUUUCGCCAAUUUCGCGCUGUACCACAGUCAGCGACCUGGGAAAUGGAACAAGCGCUACAUCACACUGAUGGAGAGCGGUCAGGUAUUUUCUUCCAAAAAGAAGGACGCCAAGCUGUCGGACAAGGACGCCGUCUCGCUGUGCCAUCUGUCCGACUUUGACAUAUAUGUGGCCACCGAGAAGGACAUAAUAAAAACCAUCAAGCCACCAAAGAAGAACUGGGUUGCGGUCAAGAGCCAGCAGAAGCAUAGCGUUUUCCAGAACACCGAAAAUUUCAUCCACUUCUUUGCCACGGAUGACACCAGGCUCGCCGAAGACUUCCGGAAGACCAUUCACGGGUGGCGCAGCUGGUACUUGGUCAACAAGAAAGUCGAUCUGACCAAGAAGUCAAAGUCUCACCACGGCGGCGCCGACAAGGCCGUCUCGAGAGCCGGCACUCUUUCCAGAAGCGGGACCGUGCACCGAACCAGGGCCUCUAUCGACGAGACACCUUACACGAUCGGGACGUUCUCCCCGCUACUCGAUAUGGACAAGUUCGACAAGCCGGUGGAGGAUUUUGGCAAAGACUCGGACAGACAUGCGGCGCGACAAGUGGAGCAGCUCUCCACGUCCAGACACACCCACAAGGUUGUCUCGCGAUCAAGGACUACCCCCAAUCUAUCUCAACCCGCGGCGAAGAAGCUUAUCGACCCCUUCGCUAGGGACCAGGAGUUCAGGUCCGGUGGUCUGCUCGGCCACGGCUACGAGGGACGCAAACAACAGGCAGAGAAGGCCGCCGCCGAAGAACAGCACCAGUCGCCCGACAAUCCCUUUACAGGGGGGCAGUCGCUUCUGAGCCAGGUUCCGGAGCCUGACAGGCAGUUGCCGGAGAGAAGAGGUACAGUGCGGUCAUCUCGAUCCACGGCAAUAGACCCGACACCUAUGCCGCGGAGCCGAUCGCGGCCCGUAGCGGCCCGUCCGACCGCCUCGUCCCGUCCGAAAACAUCCGACGGCGGGUCGUCGUCGUCGGGGAGGCGAGAGAUGCCGCAGCCUCUGGUUGACCUGACGCCUAAGGUACCCGAUCUGCCUGCCGCCUGGCGAGACGCCCAGGGCCGCGGCGUCAAAGCGCCCAGCGGCAAGCCUCUGAUCGACAUGGCGACGGGAUGGGACCAGCCAGACGCAAAUCUGGGACCCCAGCUGCAGACCGUCACACGCAUGGGCACAUCGAAGGCCUAUCCUCCCCAGCGCAUGGCUUCUCAGUCCGCGGCUUCGCGGCCGAGAAGCCGCUCCACGGCGGGCGGCGGCGCCGCCCUUCGUCGCGCCGUUUCCAAUGAGCAGCCCACCAUGCCAUCGGUGCCGAGACGGUCGUCGAGACGAGACGACGAAGACUUGCCGUUGAUCAACUUUGUGGAGCGUGACAGAGGCCGUGAUGCAGUGCCUCGCGUACCACAAGGUCUUGGGCGGAGCGGCACCGUCAGGUACUGAGGUUGCCGUUGACGCCGUUGAGGGACGUUGAACGAGAAACCCAAGGAGGAAAGCUGGCGAGGAGAGAAAGACCGCGUGCUUGUAGUGAAAGGAGCGAUGCGCACAGAGGCUGUGCUCGCGAUCCUGGGCGUAAUGGGUCAUUUAACAUGUAAGAUACCCGCGUGCCGACGAAUAUGUCGGUCACAAAAAUCAACUUUGAGAGAGAUGAACGAACCAGCGGCAGGGAAACGAAGAUCAAAAAAUCU